AUGGAUCGAUUAUCUUCAAAGGUCCUUACCACAUCAAGAAAAAAGGAGGAGGAAGAGAAAUAUCAAGAAGUAACGGUGGGAGAACAAGGAAUUUUUAAUUUAAUAUAUGAAGCAAAAGAAGUCGUCAUUAGUUUAACUAUUUAUCAAAAGGAAAUUGACUCCGAAAUCCAGAAAUUAACACCAAAUCCAAACCAGCAGCACGCAUCACCAACAGAGAUAACGAAGCCAACCCCACCUACUUAUACUAAUGUCAAUCUUCCUCAAUUAUCUUUACCUGUUUUCAAUGGAUCAGCACUACAAGCCGUAAGGGGUUUUGAUAUUGCCCCUGAAAACUAUGAAGUUGUGCAAAAAUUGUUGACCGAAGAAUAUGAAGACUCAUCGAUGACAACCAAAUUAUUAUACAAUGAACUACAAUCCAUAAAACGAAACGAAAAGGAAUGGAUUGAAACCGUUGGAAAAAAUGGAAAGAAUCUUCUGACAAUUAGAAGUAACGGGAACCAAUUUACAUCUACUCAAAUGGAAAGAAAACCCAUUUUGUCCAAAUACAAACAAACUCCAAAAGGAUAUAAUGAAGCUUCAGUACUAGCAACAAUUCAUAAUGAGAAGAAAAUUCCUUACUCAAUAAAGAAAAAGGGAGAAAACAAAACUAAAAGAUCAUGUACAUUUUGUAAUCAAGAUCACUGGGACAAUGAAUGUCGAGUAUAUCCAACUGUGAAAUCUCGAAUGAAACGUCUCAAGGAAAUAAAGAAACGUAUUAUCUGUCUAAAGACACAUCAAGGCGAAGAAUGUAGAAGAAAGAAAUCAGCAAACCGGGAAAUUGUUCGACUAGUUAUGGCAAUGGUUGCUCAAACGAAUGCAAUAACGAAAAAAAAUAAAGAAACUCUGCUAUUAUGCAAGAAAAUAACUGUAUUUAACCCAUUAUUGCCAGAACGAAAGGAAGAAGCCUUGGCAUUAUUUGAUAUUGGGUCACAGUUAUCGUUCAUAUCAAAGGAACUAGUUCAACGAUUACACUUAAUAGAAACUGAUGAACAAGUAUUAAAACUAGCUCCUUUCGACAUUAAGAAUCCUAAGCCAUGCAUAAUCACUCAAACUCAACUUAAUGUACGAAUCGAUGAAGAUGAGAUUAUCCAAAUACGCGCCAAUGUAAUCGAAUAUUUAACUAAUGAAUUACAUGUUGUCAAAAUACCAAUAGCCAACCACACAAUGAAGCUGACAGAUCAUUUUUUCAAAUUUGUGGAAUUGGAAAGAAUUGAAAAACUAAAAUCAGGAUUCUCACUACUUCACACAAAGGUUGGACCAAUGAUUGCGGGAAGUGGCGAUAUAAACCAAUUGUACAAAAAAAAAGUCAUUGGAAUACAAGAAGGACUUAAUGCCGAUGACGAUGAAGAGGCACUGAAGCAAUUUAAGAAAUCUAUAACGAAAUAUAAUAUCAGAUAUCAAAAACAACUGGAUGUAAUCGAGGACGCAGACACCAAUAAAAUGAUGGGCGUCAUACACUACUUACCACAUCAUGGAGUAUUAACUCCUAACAAAAAUAUUACGAAACUAAGAAUAGUGUAUGAUGCUUUAGCACACCUUCAUGGAAAGAAAAGUUUGAACGAAGUCUUAUAUAGAGGCCCAGUAUUGCUACCGGAUUUAGUCGGAGUACUACUAAGAUUUCGAAUGAUGGAAAUAGUAAUAAUUACCGAUAUUGAAAAGGCAUUUUUACAAGAGAUUCUACUAGAUUUCUUUGGUUACAAGAUAUUACCAAAGAUGUCACUGAAGAGAACAUAA